AUGUUGAGACUUUUCUCCAGGCCGUUAAUUAGCCCAAGAGCGGGCUUCCGAUACUCUGCGAUCCGUCUUGCGCAGACGAAGACGCCCGUUUUCGAAAGCAAACACUUCCCUCCCCGGGUUGUGGAGGAAGAGACACCAAAGCAAAACAGACCAAUGACCGUGAACGACGAGCUGCCCGACCCGUUUGCCGCGAAAAGACGCAACAGAAGGGUGUUUAUAGGGUUCUGGAUCGUGAUGGGCGUGUCGCUGUUUGGAAUAUUCAACUACGAAAAGGUUUCGUCGCCGGUGAUGAGCGCCACUAUGUACUUCCUCAGGAGAUCGGAGAACGCGCGCUCGAAGCUGGGCAAAUCGAUCACCUUUGAGGGCAUUUUCCCGUGGAUCAGAGGCGAGCUCAACACCAUGAAGGGCAACAUCGACGUUCAGGUGCGUGUGGCCGGCGACAAGGCCGGGGCGCUGAUGAAGUUGAGGGCUGCGAGAGCCUCGCGCGGUGACAGCUUCCAGAUCGAGGAAUGGCGGCUUAUUUUCGACGACGGCACAACGAUGGACCUGUUGCAGGAUACGAGUGUUAAUCUGGAAUUUUAG